AUGGGUGUCGUUCAUUUCAUUGCAGAUUUAUUCAUUUGUGACCGUCCUCUUAAGAAUACGUUAAAAUUCGAAAUCUGGGAUCGAGAGCCGAAGUACUACGCUGACGGUGAAGAUGCGUAUGCAAUGAAACGCCCUUUAGUGAAAUUCGCAAUGGAAAACGAAAUUGAACCGGCCGAUCGGAAGACAUUUUUCGCCACUAAAGAAGAGAGGGAUCACGCAAGGAAGUCGAAAAAUAGUUAA